AGCAGUAAUACGUGUCCCUUUCUAAAGGUGGUGGAAGGCUUAAGUUUGGGGUCGUUUUAUUUUUCAAAUCAGUCUCUGGAAUUUAUGUAAACUGAGAAUUAAGGAGCAAUCAGAGUUUGGCUGUGAGGGUAGCAAUUGACAGAACUGGCUGCUGAUAUCAGAGAAAAUCUUUUUAAUUGCUUUCAUAGAUUCCGUGUAAUUAACUCUGUGGUAAGAGAACAUGUUUUAUUGUAUACAUGUUAAAAUUCUUUAUUGAUUUCUUUAGGUGGGUGACAGGAAGGGUUGUUUGCUUAUCUCAUGUCUUGCUUUUUGCCCAUCUGGUUUCCAACCAAAGGGGGAACACGAAUUGCUCUGAAGGGCUUAAGAUUGUGUGAAAAAGAUGUUUCCUUUAAAAGACACUGUGAUGGGUGCCUCCACUUUCUUUGCCUCUGCUCUGCCACAUGAUGUCUGUGGAAGUAAUGGCCUCCCUCUAACACCUAACUCCAUAAAAAUUCUGGGGAGAUUUCAAAUCCUUAAAACAAUCACCCAUCCCAGACUUUGCCAGUACAUUGACAUUACCAGAGGUAAACAUGAGAGACUGGUUGUGGCAGCUGAACACUGUGAGAAGAGUCUGGAAGAUUUGCUACGAGAAAGAAAGCCUGUCAGUUCUUCAAGGAUCUUAUGCAUAGCAUAUGAGGUUUUGCAAGGUUUGCAGUAUAUGAAUAAGCAUGGAAUGGUCCACCGAGCACUCUCCCCUUGCAAUAUUCUUUUGGAUCGAAAGGGACAUGUGAAGUUGGCUAAAUUUGGACUCUACCACAUGACUGCUCAAGGUGUUGAUGUUGAUUUUCCUAUAGGGUACCCAUCAUAUCUGGCACCUGAAGUAAUUGCGCAGGGAAUAGGCAAACCAAGUGAUCACACCCAGUGUGAGAAGCCGCUGCCUUCUGGUCCUAAAUCAGAUCUGUGGUCUCUUGGUAUCAUAUUAUUUGAGCUUUGCAUGGGGAGAAAAUUAUUUCAGAGUUUGGAGAUAGCAGAAAGAUUGAAAUUUAUACUUAUGUUAGGCUGUGUAGAUGAUACUGUAACUGUAUUGGCUGAGGAACAUGGUUGCCUUGAUAUUAUUAAGGACCUUUCUGAAAAUGUCAUAGCUCUACUGAAGAAAUGCCUUACGUUCCAGCCUUCUAAGAGGCCAACUCCAGAGGAAUUGCUGCAUGACAGUUUGUUCAGUGAAGUAUCCCCAUUAUAUCCUCCCUUCCACAAACCUGCUGGUCUGUUCUCAUCUUCUCCAAGGUGUGCCAAUUUAACACUACCUGAAGACAUAAGUCAAUUAUGUAAAGAUGAAGAUAAUGAUUACCUAGCAGAAAGAUCAGUUGAAGAGGUUUAUUAUCUCUGGUGCUUGGCUGGAGGAGACCUGGAGAAAGAACUUGUCAACAAAGAAAUAAUUAGAUCAAAGCCACCUGUUUGCACACUUCCCAGCUUUUUAUUAGAAGAUGGUGAGAGCUUUGGGCAAGGACGAGAUAGAAGUUCCCUCCUAGAUGACACAACUGUGACUUUGUCUCUGUGCCAGCUCCGAAAUAGACUGAAGGAUGUUGGUGGAGAAGCAUUUUAUCCAUUGCUUGAAGAUGACCAGCCAGCUUUACCUCAUUCCAAUAGUAGCAAUGAGCUCUCUGCAGCUGCUACUCUUCCUCUGAUCAUCCGGGAGAGGGACACAGAGUACCAGCUAAAUAGAAUUGUCCUGUUUGACAGGCUGUUGAAGGCCUACCCGUACAAGAAAAACCAAAUUUGGAAAGAAGCCAGGAUUGACAUCCCUCCCCUUCUGAGAGGCAUAACCUGGGCUGCCUUGUUGGGUGUUGAGGGUGCCAUAGAAGCAAAAUAUGAUGCCAUUGAUAAAGACACACCGAUUCCUACAGACAGACAAAUUGAAGUUGAUAUUCCUCGUUGCCAUCAAUAUGAUGAACUGCUGUCAUCACCGGAGGGUCAUGCAAAGUUCAGACGUGUAUUGAAGGCCUGGGUUGUUUCCCAUCCUAAUUUGGUGUACUGGCAAGGUCUUGACUCUCUUUGUGCACCAUUUCUAUACUUGAAUUUUAACAAUGAAGCUCUGGCAUAUGCCUGCAUGUCUGCUUUUAUUCCAAAGUAUUUGUAUAACUUCUUUCUGAAGGAUAAUUCUCAUGUUAUUCAAGAGUACCUGACGGUGUUUUCCCAGAUGAUUGCAUUCCAUGAUCCAGAGCUGAGUAACCACCUCAAUGAAAUUGGGUUUAUUCCAGAUCUUUAUGCAAUCCCUUGGUUUCUUACAAUGUUUACACAUGUCUUUCCUUUGCACAAAAUUUUUCACUUGUGGGAUACAUUACUCCUUGGAAAUUCCUCCUUCCCAUUCUGUAUUGGAGUUGCCAUACUUCAACAGCUGAGGGAUCGUCUCCUGGCUAAUGGAUUCAAUGAGUGCAUUCUCCUUUUUUCAGACUUGCCAGAGAUCGAUAUUGAGCGUUGUGUUCGCGAGUCGAUCAACCUGUUCCGCUGGACGCCCAAGAGCGCCACGUACCGGCAGUACGCGCAGCCCCCGCGGCCGGCCGCCGACAGCAGCGCCAGGAGCUCUUCCCUGUCCUGCUUCUCUGCAGACUACCAGGAAGCUCCUCGCAGUGACCUCUCUAGGGACUCCAUUAAGUUGGAUGACCUGAAGGCAGAAGUGUCCCCACGAAUUUCAGCAGAAGAUCUGAUAGACUUGUGUGAGUUGACAGGACCUAGCCAUUCCAAAACACCUGUAAAGAAAACAAAGCCGAGCAAGCCAAAGCUGCUGGUGGUGGACAUCCGAAACAGCGAAGACUUUAACCGUGGCCACAUUUCUGGCAGCAUCAAUGUCCCUUUUGCAUCAGCAUUUACUGCAGAAGGGGAUCUCAUCCAGUGCCCAGCAACUGCCACACUGCAGAGCUUUAAAGGAAGAGUUGUGGUGAUUGUAGGAAAUGCAGUGAAGAACACAGCUGCUUUUGCAGCUCAUCUAGUGAAAAACAAAUACCCAAGGGUCUGCAUCCUUGAUGGAGGAAUCAACAAGAUCAAGCCAACUGGUCUCCUCACUGUUCCUUCUCCACAAAUCUAAGUGACUGUAAACAUUCAGGACAAUCUGUCUCAAGAGGGAAGUCCUACAUACAGUACAGAUAUCCUGAACCUAAAGGGCAUUAUGGCAUCUUCACAAGCUAUCCUGGUGAUCAGUGUCUUAUCCUGCAGCUGUAGAGCCCAGGAGUUUUGUGUUUGUUCUUUAAUAUAGAGCUUAGUUGGAACUUAUCAAAGCUGAAGCUUUAAGCUUUCCAAGAAACCUCUUUCAGCAUUCAUGCUAUGCAGAAGUGCUUGGGCAAAUCUGAACACAGAGAGAAGAACUUACCUGGCUUUUCGUGUCUUAUAUUUCUGUGGAACAAAAUUAACUGACACUUGAUGGCUCUAAGGUGCACUUAGAUUAUUUGAAAAAGUGUUUUACUGUGAAUAUUGAAAGUAGCAAAAUGAAACUGUACCAUGUAUAUUGUGUGAAAAAGUAUGUUCCUUAAUAUUUGAAAAGUAAUUGCUAUCUUCUGACUUGCUUUAUUUCUGAAAAUGUGGUUUUUUCAUCUGGUUUGGAAAUAAAGAUGUUUCCCAAAUUGAAAGUCA